AUGGGCGCAAUAUCACUCCCCAUCAAGGCCCUCGGCCCUCAUCAGCCCCAUCCUCCGUUACGCCGCCGCCGCCUCUCCUCCAGCCUCAUGGCCUUCAUCCUCCUCCUCGCCACAGCGCUCUUCUACGCGCUCGUCUCCCUCGGCACAGGCCCCUGCACCGCCGGCGCGACCUGCUACCGCGGCUACCAGUCCCUCUACAGCUUCGACGCCGGCGACGAGAACCACGCCGCCUGGAUGGCCGCCAUCCCCGACGACGUGCGCAUCACCAGCCUCAGCAUCCCCGGCACGCACGACACCAUGACGUACGAGAUUGAGUCGGAGCAGCUGCAGUGCCAGAACUGGAACCUGAGCAUGCAGCUGAACAGCGGGCUGCGGUACCUGGAUAUCCGCGCGAGGUUGAGGGAUGACGAGCUGCAUAUCUACCAUGCGGAUGGAUAUACGGGGUUUAGCUACGAGCAGGUGCUGCUGGAUGUCUUUGCCUUUUUGGACGAGAACCCUUCUGAGGCCAUCAUCAUGCGGCUCAAGGAAGAAGGCAGCCCGAUUGGCGCGCACAACACGAUUUCCUUUGAAGACGCUUUUCACUAUCACCACUAUGCCGCGCCGCUCACUGCGCCCGGAUCCGAGAAGCACCUCCACAAGUACGAAUUCGCAGCGCCCAUCCCCACGCUGGGCGCUCUACGCUCCAAAAUCUUCAUCCUGCAAAACUUUGACUCCCGCGGCGGCCCCUACGGCCUGCAGUGGGAAGGCGCCGAAAUGGUCCUCGAGGACCUCUGGAUCAUCCCGGACGUGUACCACCUCUCUGAGAAAUGGACCGCCAUCCGCGACGCGCUGGAGAACGCCGCCCUGGCACCAGACGACAACCGCUUUCUCUACUUGGCGCAUACAUCUGCUUCGGUGGGUGUUUUGCCCAUUGAGGCCGCGGCGGGACCGAUGAAUAGGACGAUUCAGGGCAUGAAUGACAUGACGGGGCAGUAUCUCGAUGAUGCGUCGGGCAAUGUCGACGAGGCGCGGGUGGGCGUGGUGAUUAUUGAUUUUCCGGGGAGGCAGCUGAUUAGCACGAUUUUGAAAUGGAAUGUCUGGUUGAGGGAGAGGAAAUGA